GGAGAAGGUCACCUGUGUGCCAGGACACCCGUACGUGUGUCCCGGCCGCUGUCACCACCACCGCCGAGGGCGGGCCCGGCGGGCGGGUGACAGCCGCACCCUGGAGCGGGUGGGUGCCUCCCGCCUCCCUGUCCCUGUCCCUGUCCCCAUCCCUGUCUCCGCCGCGGCCACACGGGCUCCGUGGCCCCACUGGACACCCCCAUGCAGCGGGAGCGCGGGGGGCAGAGCCCAGGAGCCCCCGAAACAGAGAUCAAGGCUGUCAUCGUGGGGGACGGCGGCUGCGGGAAGACGUCACUGCUGGUGGCCUUCGCCAGAGGGGACUUCCCCAAGGUCUAUGUCCCCACCGUGUUUGAGAAGUACACAGCAUCCCUCCAGCUUGGCGGCAAGCCGGUGAAGAUCCACCUGUGGGACACAGCAGGACAGGAAGAUUAUGACAGGCUUCGCCCUCUGUCCUACUCAGAUGCCAAUGUUGUCCUCAUGUGCUUUGAUGUCACUGACUCCAAUAGCUUUGACAACAUCCUAACCAAGUGGUACCCGGAGGUGAACCACUUCUGCAAGGGGGUCCCGGUGCUGCUGGUGGGCUGCAAGACAGACCUGCGGCAGGACCAGGAGUUGCUGCGGAAGUUGAAGGACGGACGGAUGGAGCUCGUCUCCCGCCAGCAGGGAGAGGCCAUGGCCCGGCAGGUCCGCGCCGUGUCCUACAUGGAAUGCUCAGCCAGGUACCAGGAGAACGUCGGGAACAUCUUUGUGACAGCCUGCGGUGCCGCCAUCAGUGCCGCCCGCCGGAGGCAGCGCAAGGGGAGACCCAGGAGGGGCUGUGUGCUCGUCUGAGCCCCCCGGCUCAGCACUGCCCCCCCGGGAUCUCCUGCUGUCCCCAGGCUCCGACCGCACCGCGGCUGCUGCCACACCUCUGCCGCUGCCACCAGCACACAGCUGCCACCCUCCUGUCCUGGGACUGGCACCGCUGGUCACCAUGCGGUGCCAGCAGGAAAGCAUCCCUGGCAGGAAGAAACUGUCGCACCUGGAUCCCCGCGUCCUGUCCCUGACCCACUUGAAUCCCAGCGUCCUCUGCCAGCCGAGCUCUGGGAGCAGGGAACUGAUUUGGGGGCUCCCCUUCCAGCUGGCAGGCCAGCACCGGAGGGUGACCGCGGGGUGAUCUUCUGCCAUUAAAGUGACACAACACCCGUCAGCGUGACACGGUUCCUGGGGCAGGAGCAGUCCCGGCACGGCCUGGGGA